AUGCUAAUAAUUAAAGUGAAAAAGAAGGGUCUAAUUAUAACAAUUCUAGAAUCUUUGAAAAACAGCGGAUUCUUCAACAAAACCAACUUCCAAUCACUAUUUAACUAGGAGAUUAGCAGAAAAACCAAAUAAUAAAACGAUCUUAUUCUAAUAAACAAUUUGUUAAAUAAACUUCAAGUUAUUCUGAGGAAGAGUAAGAUUCAAGCUAUAAUUAUGAUAAUAGCUAAAACUAAUAAAAUAAUAAAUUAGAAAGCAAUAAAAAAGCAUCUACGAGCAAUCAUAUAACAUCUCACUCGAAAAUAAAUUCUUUCUAGAAAAGCUAAAAACUUCUGA